AUGUCCAUUGCAAUCUGGCCUCCCAUCUCGCCCGAGGAGCUCAGGCUUAAAGCCUCCGAAACCCAGGCGCGCGAGUUGGAUUGGAUCGUCAAAGAAACGCUCGAGCUGUGUCGCGAUCUCAAACAUGGCCUCGAGGAUUGUUAUGCGCUCCUCGCGCCUAUCGAUCCGGGUAGCACUCUCGUCAUGAGCACGCCGCGCAACGAAAAGGUCAAGGGGACACUCACGCGCGUCGGCACUCGCAUCGUAAAAGGCAGUAUCCAUCUUCAACUUCGAACGAUACCACCACAGACGCUGUCGCUAUCGCAUAACGAUGCCAUUCAUAUCCAGGGUCUUGAUGCUCUGCACAAUCAUCUUAAUCAAUCCAUUGACUUACUCGCCAUAACUUUGUCCAAGCCGCAGGACGCUCGCUCUCUCUCCUCUACUCUGAGCAUUCUCGCUGAUUCCAUCAACGACUCUUCGGCUCUCCUCAAAGGCCCUCCCCUAACAGAGUCCGAUCCCGCUUGGCAGAUGUGCUCAUCUCCACCAUAUCACUUUACUCCUCCACUUGGACCAAAUCUCAGCUUCUACCUCGGCCUGCAAGAAAGCUGUAUAAUCCUCUGGCUGCGUGCUCUCGAGCCCGUCCAUGCCCAUGUUCAUUUUGGUACCAAACUUGGCCUAGCAUUCGGUACUGUCCGUCGUUUGGAGCAUGACGAGAUGGACACUGUAUUCCGCUACAACACACAGGGGUCUGAUACUGGUAGCUCGAAGCGGGGCAGUGCCCGCCAUACCCCGGAACCAGGAUCAUCGGCUGCAGGCGUGGAUAGCAAUGAUAUUCAGGAAGUCUAUGUCCGGGAAAAGGUGCGUGUCGAGAGUGCAGAUCCGAGUCUCAUAUCCAUUCAGUCCAAGCUUAGUUACCUGAGUCACAUGCUUGGCCAAGCACGAAGGAACAUUGCUGAGGUCCUGAACGUGGAUUCGUAG